AUGGGAGAUAUUACUGGAGCUAGAGACAAACUGAUUGCAAGCUCUGAAGUACUAAAUCAUCAUAUCAAAUCAUUGGAUCAGAAAAUUAUUAAUAUUAAACGAGAACAUAUAUCUAAGAUAAAUGAUUUAAAUUCUAAAACUAUUGAAUUGACAAAAUUAUAUCAAAGGAAAUGUGAAGGCAGAAAUAGAAUUAAAGAAGGAAUUAAAAAGAGUGUUCAUGAAUUGGAACUUCAAAUUGCCCAAAAUAUAGCAAAUCUACGUGAAUCACGUCAUGAUAUAAAAUUAAAUUCUGAGAAUACUAUUAAAAAUUAUCUAGACAGAAAUGAAGAUCAACAUUUAAAUUUUUCAUCAGAUGUUGAUAUUAAAAGAGAACAACAAUUUAAUGAAAUGUCAAAUUCUCUAAGUGAAUUGACAAAUAAUGUAGAAUUAUUACGUCAGAAAAGGAAGGGAAUUAAAGACAAUAUCCAAACUACUUUAGAAAACAAAAUCCAUACUCUACAAGAUAUUUUACAUGAAGAAAAGUGUAAACGUGAAAAUGAUAUUGAAAGUAUAGACCAAUUAAUGAAAAAAAUACUUAGUCAUUUCAAGACAGAAUUGGCAAAUUCUAAAUCUAGUAGAAUUCAAAAUGAUUAUCAAAUAUUAACACAAUUGGAAGUUGCUUGUCAAAAAGCUGAAGAUUACUUAUCAAAAAUUGUAAAUAUAAAUGAUGAGUCAAUAUAG